AUGGACUCCGCUUCCGAUCCCAGCUCGAGGCUCCCACCGCAGCAACAGCCCCUGUCUGCAGCACAGACCGCACCCAGCUCGAGCAUCCCGAUGGUCAACGAGGCUCUGAGAGCGCAGCCGUCCUCGCUGUCCACACCGAGGUCAAAGAAGCACCGCGCCAAACAGCGUCACCAACGCAAGCAGCACGCUCCUUCGAGCGCGCUCAAGUCGUCGUCCGGCAUCGACGUCGCAGGCCCCAAACAAACCGAAGAACUGGGCGAGAGUAAGCCAGUCUCGAAUGAAGAGAAGAUGGCCAGCAGCGACGUCGAGUCACAAGCCGCCGGUGCCGAGCCGCCUCCACCGGUGCACGUCGACGCACGACGACUACAGAACACGGACGAAGAGAGCACGUCUGCGAAUCGAUCCCCGCCCUUCAGGCCGGUGGCCGUGGCCGCAGGGUGGCACACGCCCCUCAUGCAAGCGCGUCGCCUGCUUCAUGGCGCCCUGGGAGGGAGCGUCGAGCAGGAGGCCACCGAGUGUGUUGCAGGGAGGCGUGACAGUAAGCAUCCGGGUGAUCUUGGGACGGAGAUCGCCAGCACAGGCCGCCGGAAGUCCUCCGUUCGAUUUGGAAGCACCACGAUCCGGGAGAUCUCGCCGCACACCGAGACACUCGUCGACAGCACCAAGUUCGUCAUUGCCCUGAUCACCCUGGCGGUAACGGUCGCAAUUACCGGCACGGCAAUCUUCCUAUUCUUCGCUGGCGAAAAGCCAUACGGCAGUAAUUUAGGGAUAUGCUCUAGUGACACCUGCAGACGUGCUGUGCUUGACAUGCACCUGCUGAUCGACAACAGCAGAAACCCGUGCCACGACUUUCACGGUCACGUCUGCCAUCGCUGGCAGCAGAAGGCAACUGCUGCUGACGUAGGCCUCGUCAGUUUUCUUCGCAACAGUACGCGCCAUCUCCUGGAACACAUUAACACCAGUCUGAGCAUCUCGGACGCGGCAGUUUCAGACGACUUCUACAGCCUGGCCAAGUUUUACAGGUCCUGCGAGCGCUUCGUGAGCACGCCCACCUUGUCCAUGAGCGACGUCCUGCGGCCAUUCCAGAAGUACGGCGACGAGGUUCUCAAUCUGUCCACUUUCCCAGAUGUUGUGAGGCACAUCGUGGUACUGUCGCUGGCUCAUGGGAUUCACACCGUGCUCGACAUACGCCUGAGCAAGUUUCCCGACGGCGUGUUCCUGCGCAUCUUGCGCGGCCAGACGUUGGCGCAGAAGAUGGACGCGCAACUCGUUCUGCCCCCGAAGGACUACCUGGAGGAACUACUACACGAGCUCUCAACCAUUCGAGACCGCGUGUUUAACCUGACUGACAUCCUCGACAAUGAGCGCACGCUGAGUAGUAUCAUGGGGCAGGCUGGCCAGGAGCAAAGAAAGAGCGUGGCCGUUUUCGAGCACCUGGCUGUAGACGUGCAUCAAUCCGAAUGGCUCGACGCUCUAAAUGCGCACCUACCUGACGAGCGAAAGGUGAGCAGCCACUCCGUAAUAUCUGUAGACCGCAUCGACUUGAUCCGGCGUUUGUUCGACUUCUUCAAAGGUCUUGUCGACUACGGCGUGGUCUAUUUGUACAUCCAGAUUCUAGUCGACGCGCUCCGGUUUGAUUAUCUGCGCCGAGCGAAUGGCAGUGACUCCGAACGCAUCGUGUCGUCUUGCCUUCAUGCGACCCGACUCGUGAUACGGAAUGCGAGGUACCUCAUUGUGAGCCGUCUCUUCCCGGAAAAGAGCGCGAACACCACCAUUCUUCCGGUGUUCUCAGGGGUACUCAGGGCCAUCUCCGGUGGUAACAGGUUCGCAUGGAUGAGCGAUUUCAUGAGGGAAGAGGCCCAAAGGACGCUCCACGAAGCCAGGCUACACCAGUUCCCCACCUACGCCAAGGAAGAAGAUCCCAUUCUCGAAGACCAAUACCUGGACGAGGCCUCCCUGGUCAACGCGUUUCCGCGCAUCUUUAUUCGCCUCAAGAAACAGCAGCAGUGGAGCCAACUGAAAUAUCCUCCGGCGGUGCGCGAGGCCGAGAUGGACGACGCCUUCCUCUCGGGCAGCAACGUGCUUCACGACGCCCUCUCCGACAGUGUCGUUGUGCCAGCGUCCCUGCGUCAUGAGCCCGUCUUCUAUGACGGCGACGUCCCGCCCGAGUUUGCCAUGGGCAGCCUAGGCGUACUGCUGGCCAGAGCCCUUUUGUAUGCUGUGGUGCCGUCCAACUCUACAGGCCUGUGGUCGACGGAAGAAAAGCUUGCCCUGCUCCGCUACGAGCAGUGCAUGGACGAGAAGGCACGUUCGGCGUUCAACGUGAGCCUCCACAGGCGCGACCACGAGCCUACCGCGAUCUACGUCUUGGCUCAGAGUGCUCGCACCGCGUACGACGCUCUUGCGACGGCGUACAAAGAGCGACAGCCGACCACCGAUUGGGACAGCUACUGGAACACCGCCCAGAAGACGUUCUUCAGGCGCUUCUGCCUUCUCUCCUGCGGCGUGGAAAGCCAGCUGCAGCGUCUCGCGUCGAAGAUCUUCUGCUUCCUUCCGCUGCUCAACAUGGAGGAAUUUGCGAAGGCCUUUAGUUGCCGGAACCCGCCAUCACUGUACAGCGGAGCCUAUUGUGUUCUGUGAAUAAUGCGUGUUACAUGAGCCCUUGGGUUUUAGGAA